UACGAUUCUAGUACGAAAUGAAUGUUAUAGAAGCCUAAUACUUUUGUAGUAUAUAUGCCGUUUGAUUUGUAUUCCAAAAAGCUCGUUACGAUGUACAUUCAUUAUUCUAUGACUAGUUGAAUGCAAUUAAAAACUCAUGAGUUUGCGGAUUUCUAUAUAAAAUAAUUCAUUAUAUUUCAGCAAUUAAAAAGUUGCUUUGAAAAUAUUGCCAAUGCGCAGCUGAUUUUAGAACGAGGGAACAGUUGCCGAUGAUAUAGACCAGCGUUUCUCAAUCUUUUUGUUGUACGACUCAACAUAUUUAUUUGCAAUGCCAUCGCGAUCGAAAUAUUUACAAUAUAAAAUUUUUAAAAACCUAAUGGUUUAGGGCCACUGUAUAUUAUUUUAAAGACACAGCUUAAAAUAAGUCAGUUACUCCGUUAUCAUCGCAAACCCGCAAGAAACAUCAUACGAAAACUCUUUGGAAAUUUUUUAUAAAAUUAAUUACUUUAUUCGCUUUGAUGUGAGAUAGGAACCGUAAUUUCGUGGCCAAUAGAUUGAGAACCUCUGAUAUAGACCAUGCAUAUUCAAACUUGUCGACGUGCACUGGUGAUUUUCCAGUUGCUUCCAGCUAGUCGUAGAGUAGUGAGAGUAGCGAGUAACAGUAUUUUUAGAAUCAAAUUAAACAACAUGCCACUAGAUAUCGAAAUGUUCAUUAGUGAGAUUGAGAAACGAUCAGCAAUAUAUAAUACAAAAUUAAAAGAAUAUUCUGAUAAGAAUUUAAAAAAAAAAUUAUGGAUAGAAUUGUGUGAGAAAUUUGUUGAAAAUUGGAAUGAUCUAACUACUUCAGAUAAGGAGGAGAAGAGAGGAUGCUGCGGAUCAAUGAAGAAGAAGACAAUAGUCGGCGGUUACGUUUUCACUUGGUGGUUCGUCACAGAUGUCCAGCGAUUGUCGCUCGAAGUAAUGACAUUAAAUCCAGUUUGCGAGAACGUCGAGACUGCCCAAGGUGUACCACUGACCGUCACCGGAGUGGCCCAGUGCAAGAUCAUGAAGGCCGACGAACUUUUACAUACUGCCAGCGAACAAUUUCUCGGAAAGAGUGUCCACGAAAUAAAAUCAACUAUAUUAUCCACUCUCGAAGGCCAUUUACGUGCAAUUUUAGGUACGCUCUCGGUCGAGGAGGUUUACAAAGAUCGCGAUCAAUUUGCUGCACUCGUACGAGAAGUCGCAGCACCUGAUGUCGGCCGUAUGGGUAUAGAGAUCCUCUCAUUCACGAUAAAGGACGUUUACGAUGACGUUCAAUACUUGGCGUCACUCGGGAAAGCUCAAACUGCAGCAGUUAAACGUGAUGCUGACGUUGGCGUCGCUGAAGCUAAUCGUGACGCUGGAAUACGCGAAGCCGAGUGCGAGAAAGCGGCAAUGGACAUUAAGUACAACACCGACACGAAGAUUGAAGAUAACGCGAGGCUCUUCCAAUUGCAAAAGGCUCAUUUCGAUCAGGAGGUCAAUACUGCUAAAGCCGAAGCCCAGCUCGCUUACGAAUUACAAGCCGCAAAAAUAAGGCAACGAAUACGAAACGAAGAAAUACAGAUAGAAAUCGUCGAGAGGCGUAAACAGAUCGAAGUAGAGGAACAGGAGGUACGUCGAAAGGAACACGAACUUCAAAGCACUGUGCGAUUACCAGCUGAAGCAGAACAUUAUAAAAUUGGAAAAGUGGCUGAAGGAAAAAGAACGCAAACGGUGAGCGCAGCUAAAGCCGAAGCCGAGAGGAUUCGAUUGAUCGGAGAAGCCGAAGCUCAAGCUUUGGAAGCCGUUGGAAUAUCGGAAGCUGAGCGUAUGCGAAUGAAAGCUGUAAUCUACAAGAAAUAUGGCGAGGCGGCGAUACUCAAUAUUGCUUUGAACGCCCUGCCGAAGAUCGCUGCCGAAGUUGCAGCACCGUUAGCAAGAACGGAAGAGAUAGUUCUGUUAGGUGGAAAUGAUACGACGAGCGGUGAAAUCACACGUUUGGUGGGUCAAGUACCUCCAGCGGUUCAAGCCUUGACAGGUGUCGAUCUUUCAAAGGUUUUAGGAAAAAUACCAGGUGCGAAGUAAGACAUCGCGUCUGAGGGAAGAUCACACCGACCAGGCGAAUAAUUCGCCAGAAUUUCUUUAUUUUGGAACAAAAUCUAUACUGCCAAAGACUUCUCUGCUAAACUCCAUUAUUUACCGACGGUAUUUCACUUUUUCCUGUUUCCCGAAUCACUCUACCUCACGUUCAAAUGGAACGAAGUCGAAUAGAGAAAGAGAUAGAGAAAGAGAGAGAGAGAGAGAGAGAGAGAGAGAGAGAGAGAGAGAAAGAAAGAGAGAGAAAAGUACAUUUCAAUUUAUGUUCUAUAAAGAUGCGUUGAUUAAAAACCGAUCGUAUUAUCGACAAAUUAUCUUUAAUUUUUACGGACAGUGAACAUGCAACGCACAGUUAAUACUUUUGUUUUCCUUUUUUUUUCCUCAUUCUUAUUUUAUUGUUGUUGUUAUUGUUGUUUUUCUGUUUUCUUUUCUUCUUUUUUUUUUUGUCUUUUUUUUUUUAUAAAUCUGAUCGAAAAAAUAUUAUAUUUCUCUUAUUGUAUAGAAUCCGACUUAUUCAAUCGCACUCGCAUAUCUCGCGUUUCUUCCUUCCACAAACACAAAUCUACUUGUUGUUUUUCUUUUCUCUUGUAUCUUUUUUCAUUUUUUAAUUCCAUAACAAACGCGCACGUAUGUAUGUAUCAAUUUAGGUAAGAAAACUCUUGAAAGGAGAUCGAUCGAAAUUUGUAAACGUUGUUAAAUCUAAAUGAUUCAACGACGUGUAAUACACAAUAAAACGUCCCGAGACGCGGCGAAUACGAAAAAUUUAUUCUCAUUCGCCGUUCGGAUAUUUUAGUAAUUAUAAAAUUGACUAGCCACUGAUAUUACGAAGUAGCGAUCGAAGGUAACGUCAUUAAUAAGUUUACGAGUCUAUUGUGAUUGAAAUUUUCGAUCAUUGUGUUCAACCUAUGGUAUAUGAAUAAAAUUAAAUCAAAGAAAAGAGAAAGGAGAAAGAGAAAGCGUAGAAACGCGUAUGGGAUAAGAUUAUGUCGGAUACUUUUCUUAGACAUUUGUAUAUACUUAUUUAAGCGAUCGUAUGUAUGUAUGUACAUGCGUACAGAGUGAUCCAUUUAAAGCUAAGAUUUAUCGUAAAAUAAACAUUUUGGAAACUUCGACGAACGAUAAAAAAAAAGAACGAAUUAAGUAAGAAAGGAAAGAGAAAGAAAAAGUCAAAGAUAAAUGGAGAGAAAGAAAGAAGUAUGUAUAUAACUUUGAUUUCUCUAUUAUUAGUUUUCAAUCGUCGAACUGAUUCCAUUAUUUCGUAAUGUACAUGGCUUUAAAUGAAACACUUUAUACGAUAGUGUUAACCCAGGUCUCCGUUUACGAAAUAGGAGAUACUUUGUUCUAAUUCGUCGCGUUAAAAAAUCUACACUGCAUGCUCUUGUACUACGUAUCGGAACUAAUACGGCUUUUCAAAUGGAUAAUAACAUAUUCCGAGCAGAAGAGUGCCAAUCUGUACAUACCGAUAUGAUCUUAAUGGUGAGAAAAUUAGAAAGGAUAAUGAGAGACACACUGAUCGAAACUAGGAUCUGAUAUUUUUCACACAGAGAGAAUGGAUCAUUAGAUCUUUCUCGAAUACAUCGUAUGUAUUUUACAUGUACAUACAUUUUUGAAAGGGAAGUUGGGAGUCGUAAGAUUGUCAGCCAUGAAUAAGUCUUCCCAAAAUAGAAGAAACCAAAUAGAAAAUGCAACAAAACAAAAAAAUAGCGCGUUUACGGCAGUACAAAAGAAAAAAUAAAAAAUAAAAAGAAAUAAUAAAGUAAAAUAAAAUAAAAUAAAACCAUAGUGUCACUCCUAGUGGCGCUGGAAUUAAUUAAGCGAUAAAAUCGUAUUAGCGACCAAAGAAGACGAAAGGACGUAAAUUCGUUGAAAAUAAUCAAAUUAUACAUUCUCUUCGAACAUCGUAUAGCCUGUAUAAAAAAAAAAGCAAAAAAUAACAAAAAAAAAACACAAAAAAGGAAAAAAAAACACAAAAAAAAAGAUAUUUUUUAGCGAAUAAUUAGCGCGACCGUUCCGAUGCAUAGUAAAAUACGAGCUAAAAAUUCGCUUCACCCAAUAUAUAUAUAUAUAUAUAUAUAUAAUAUUAUAUAUUACAUAUAAUAUUAUUAUAUUAAUAUGUAAUAUUAAUAUAUAUAAUAAUAUAUUAAUAUAUAAUAUUAAUGUAUAUAAUAUAUAGAUAAUAUAUAUAAUAUUAUAUAUAUUAUACACACACACACACACACACACACACAAAUAUAUAUAUAUAUACAUAUACACUUAGCUUGAAAUAUUCUUCGAGUUGAGAAUAAUAAGUUCUCGUGUGUAAGACAUACAUACACAUACACAGACAUAUACACACUCACGAGGUGUCUUUAAAAAGAUAAUUUUAAAUAAAGGAUUAAAAUUGGAUCUUAAAAGGUGUUCGAUUGUAUCAUCGAACGUCCGAUCGACGGUAAGAAUCUUUAUUCAAUCAAUUCCGUCAAAGAGGAUACUCAAGUUUGAAUAGCUUAAAGUGAUUCGACGAUAGCUUACUUAUGUUAAAAAUAAUAUCAUUAAAGUUUCAAUCGUCGCUUUCAAGAUCGCUCUAACUAACAAUAAGUGGAUUCCAUUGUGACAAUUUUGAAUAAUCUUUAUUUUUCAUUCUAUAUUAUUUUUAAGUUGAUCACGUAACAGUAUCCAUAUUAAUCUUUUACAUUUUUUUCAAUUCAUUUCUUUUUUAAUCUUUUCAUUACCUUUUUAACCCUUUCGAUACAGUGAAAUUAAAUCAUAAACUUGUUCUUUUCGAUAAACAAUAUUAAAAAUCUAUGAGGACAAAAUACAAAAUUCAAAAACAAGAAAAACAAGUGAUUAUAUGCAGUCGAAAAAGGUGCUUAUAUAUCUAAAAUAACUAAUACAUUUUCAAAUGAGAAUCUAUCUAUAUAGGAGGGCUAUCUAUUGAAUGUAUGUAUAUGAAAAAUGUAAUAUAUAUACAUAUAUAUAUAUAUGUCCAUAGUAACGAAAGGGUUAAUCGAUAUAACGCCAACUUAAAUGGUUGAAUCAUUUUUACUUCGCGAUUGAAAAAGGUAAUACAUUCGAUUUAAUCUUUGAAAAUAACGAUUGUACACAAAAUGAUAUUUAUAUAUUAUAUUAUACAUAAUUAAACACGGACUCGUUCGAGCCUAGCUAAGCCAAUUAUUUACGUUUAACACUAUAAAAUCUGCAUUAACAAUGCAGUAUUUUAGCAAUUAGUUUUAAGAUAUUAAUUUCGUCGUUUUAUAUUGAUGUACUACUCUCGUUGUUAGUAAAACGGUCUUAUUACUACUAAUCCGUCUAAUCCGAUAAUAUAUAAUCAUUAUUAUUAUUUUUUUUUUCUUUUUAUCAUUGUAACUAACAGAGGGCAUUAAGAAUCGCAUGUAUUUGAUAAACAAACCGUUUUUAUUAUACUCCAAAUGUAAAUUCCAAGCAAGAUUGUAUAUUUUAAAUUUAUUAGAAAAGAUUGUUUUAAUAUUAAUAUCAUUAUUAUUAUUAUUAUUAUUAUUAUUAUUAUUAUUAUUAUUAUUAUUAUUAUUAUUAUUAUUAUUAUUAUUAUUACUAUUAUUAUUAUUAUUAUUAUUAUUAUUAUUAUUAUUAUUAUUAUUAUUAUACAUUCCGCUUGGUUUAUUUUCAUGCACAUUUAUUCCUGGAUGAUGAUAAUGAUAAUUAUGAUGAUGAUGAUGAUGAUGAUGAUGAUGAUGAUGAUGAUGAUGAUGAUGAUGAUGAUGAUGAUGAUGAUGAUGAUGAUGAUUAUGAUAAUGAUAAUGAUGAUGAUAACGAUAACGACGACGACGAUGAUUUAAUGACACAAUAAUUAUAAUUUUCUGUAUAAAACAAGAUAAGACAUAUAGGAUGAGCGUGCGAUUUAUCAUCUGACUGUUUUUUUUUCUUUAUCUCCUGUAAGAUCCGCUAUAUAGGAUUUUGCUGUAUAUCGAAGAGGGAUUUUUUACAUUCUCUUUGCAAUGAUCCAUCAAAAAAAUUAACAGGCAAACAAUUGAUAUUAUUUGGACGCACAAUUUUUUUUUCUAGUUCUUUGAUUCAUGUUCUAUCCUCGUUUGAAUAGACGAUAACAAAACAGGUGAUAUAAUCUCAUGCUCGAUGUAUACAUACUUUCGCCGUCUUCGAUAUACAUACGUAUAUACGUAACGUACACGUUAGAUUUCGAAAGACUAAGGAUCUUCGUUAUGUCAGCGAAUUUACAUCCGUUUUAUGAUUUUUUUCGAAAGUUUUCUAUUUUCUAAUACAAGAGGAUUCGAUAAUCGUUGGUCUAAAAAAUUGUUCUAAAACAGUAUCUUCUAUAUAUUCUUCUAAAUAUCGAUUAUAUUAUAUCAUACAUGGUCUCAUUACAGAAAUUCGAACCUUUGAAUCUCAAACCUAUGUAAUGGUUGCCUUAAAAUAUUUUACAUUUGAUAAAAUCCUUUUAUGAUACAUAGUGAAUUUGUCAUAUAUAUAGCUUGAUAUGUAUGCAUGUACAGAAUGAUUACAAAUUGAGCCAGUUAAUUAUCUUAUUUGUUAUAAACAAUAGAAAGUAAAUUUAUCAAGAAAAGUUUCACGAUUUCAUGUGUGAAAUAUUUUAAGAGUACGAAAUAGCAGAAUCAAUUUUCGCUUAAACCGAAAGUUUUAUGAUUUUUACCGUUUUUUAGGGAACAUUCUCAUUUUUCUAAUUAAUUAGAUAUUUUAUUCGAUUAUCUU